UUUGGAUUUAGGCUCAUUGGAAGGACUUGUGGUCUGGUGCUGCACGUGUUUUGAAUCGUCUUAUUAGAUGAGAAGUUUGGUAUUUCAUGUAAAAUUUAGGACAUUACCACUCAGUGAAAGAUGUCCGAUACUUCUCCCUCCUUAGUUAGAACAACGGCUAGAAUUAGUAUUAGACCGAUUAGACCAUCUAAAAAUCGUAAAAAUGAUGCAACAAGUAACAAAAACAAAAAGUUUUGCACAAGUAAUAUUUCAUCUCCUCUUUUGAAGGAACCAUUUAAAAAAGGUUGGAAAAGAGAAGUUGUCUAUAGAGCUAUUGUUGACGAGCAAUGGAGAAACAAAUGUGACAUUUAUUAUUUCUCUCCAGAUGGGAAAAAAUUCAGGUCAAUGCCAGAAAUAUACAGUUACUUGAACCAAAGCAAUAGCUGUUUUUCAAUUAAAAACUUCAGCUUUUUUAGAGAACCUAUUGGUAUGGAUGAUGACAACCAAGAGAUUUGCCGUUAUGCAGGGACUAAAUCAAUCUGGCAUGGUAAGCAAUCACAGAAUGGCUUAAAGAAAAAAGAAAUUGUUUGUGUCAAGAAAAACAUUCCAAAGCAUAGUCCUAGGGAAGAGGAAGACAUUGUAGAAAUAAGGACAACUAAUAAUACCUUGACCAAAAAAAGGAAGAGGUCAUGUGAUGAUGAAAAAGGUCCUUCCAGCCCAGUUUGUGUUGAAAAUCAAAGCAAAAGAAGGGUUUCGACCAGGAAGAAACCACAGGGAAAAAUGCAACCACAUCCAAUAUCAGCCUUAAAAGCAACGUCGAUGAAACAACCUCCAACGCUCCCUGCGACAAGUUCUGACAGUAUGCAAUUAAUACUGACAAGAUUUGAUGAUAAAUCAUCACCCGCUUGCUCCGUCCAUGAUUGCUCAGAUGAAGACCAAGAGAAAGUUGAAUCGCUGCAGGUACAACAAAACAAAACAUCGCUGGGAAAGAAGAAACAGAAUCCAAUACCAGUUCUUAGAGCCACAACGACGGAAGCACCUCCAACACUUCAUGCUACAAGUAGUGACAAUAUGCCUUUACUGAGAAGAAUUGAUGAGGAAUCAUCGCCAGCUUGCUCCGUCCAUGAUUCCUCUGAUGAAGACCAAGAGAAGGUUGAAUCGCCACAGGGAAAGAAGCAGCAAGAUCCAACUUUCCCUGCCGCAAGUUGCGACAAAAUUCCUUUACUGAAAAGAUUUGAUGAAUUAUCGCCAGCUUGUUCCGUCUAUGAUUCUUCAGAGGAAGACCAAGUAAAUGUCGAAUCGCUUCGUGGACGCCAAACCAGGACGAGAGGAAAAAAGCAACAUGAUCCAAAUCCAGUCGUUAAAGCAACAUCCGUGAAACAACCUCCAACCCUCUGUGCCACAAGUAGUGACAGUAUGCCUUUACUCAGAAGAUUUUGUGAUUUAUCGUCGCAAAGCUCCGUCCAUGAUUCUUCAGAUGAAGACCAAAAGCAAGUCAAAUCUCUACCCAGACACCACACCAAGUCACGAGGGAAAAAGAGACAAGAUCGAGCCUCAAAAGCAACUUCUUUGAAUAUGCCUUUACUGACAAGACUUGAUGAAGAAUCCUCCCCAGCUUGCUCCGUCCAGGAUUGCGAAGACCAAACUGUGUCAUCAGAUGAAGACCAAGAAAAAGUCGAAUCGCCAGUUCAGGAACCAGCUCCUGUAAUCUCGGGGUUACCCGAGGCAGCGAUGCCAUUUCCUGAAACUCUGCCUCUGAACUCACCUCUUAUUGCGCUCCUUCCUGUUGGCACUACUCUGGUCCUUACCGAUCCUUCGACUUUAAGGAUUAUUCCUCCACCUACUGCCUUGACGUCAACGAAAGAAACUGAAGUCCCUCAUCCGAAACCUAUUCUUUCGCAACCAUCAAGUGACAAAAAUUCUGUAGCUGACUCGUCUAAAACUUCAUUUCGGAAACCGAAUGCAACCAAGAAAAUUCAAUGGGCUACUUUGCCAUCAUCUCCGCCUGUGAACAAGCGCAAACUUAGAAGUAAGAAAAAACCAGCCACAGUUUCAGUUCCGAAGAGUUCUCCUUCGGUGGAUGAAUUUGCAAUUCCGCAAAGUCCAUCUCUUUACAUAAACCUACAUCAAUCACUACAUGAAUUUGGAGAGGUAGGAAACCAGAAACCGUCCUACUGGAAAAGUAUAGGCGAAGCUUUAAUCGAAGAGGGAUUAAAGAAGGCUUUCCACUCUAGUGCAAAAAUAGGAGAUAAUUCAAUAUCGGCGACACCGAUAUCCCAAAUGGUUACAGGCGCUAUAAAGGCUGCAACACCGCAAGUUUUGACUUGUAAAGAUUUUUUCGCACUCCGCAGGCAAAAACGGAAAGAGCAACAAAAGCCUCAAAUUACCGACUUAGAUAUUACAAGUAUUUCGGCUGUGGAAAAAUCGAACCAAUACAGUACUGGAAGAUGGGAAGAUAAAACUCAAAUAAAAAAAUGUAAAUCUUUUGCUGAUGCCUUAUUUCAUGGCAGUUUGAUCAAAUGGAUUGAUGUUUUCACCUCCGCAUUAAGAGGCCUGAGUGUCCUUGAUUCAUUCUAAGUUUCCUGUUUUCCCCACCGCUUAAGUUUAUUUGUCUUAAACCGGAUGUUGAUUGAAUUUGGUCAAAUAAAAGGGCAUGUUGUGUGUAAUUAAAA